AUGGCAAAUGCAAAAUCAUUUUUAUUAAUUUCAUUCGGUUUUUUAAUAUUCCUAUGCAAAUUCACCAUUUCUAAUUCUCAUCAAAAUUGCCCAAAGACCAACACUUCAUUAGUUAAUUUCACAUGUCAGUUUGUUAUGUCACAACAUCAGGUAAGAGGGUCAUUUAGUAUCAUCAAUGACUGUUCUUUUAAGGUUCAAGAAUUCGAUAUGCUUCCCGGUGGUUCUGAUGUUUAUUGGUGGGGUGCUUCUGGUGAUUCUUAUGAGAAUUUAACAUCUGGGUUUAUUAUAUCUGAUCAUAAACUGAACACUAGCACAUAUAAAAAUGAUACCUUUAUUGUUGAUUUAAUGAGUAAUGUAACAUGGGAUGACAUUAAGGUUGUUUCUAUUUGGAAGAAAUCGCUAGCGUCUGAUUUUGGGCAUGUGGUUUUGGAAGAAAGAAGUGAUUCUCCGGCCCCUGCCCCUGACCCGUCUAGUAGUAGUAAUUUUACAGGGAGUUCUGUUUUUAAGAUUGAUGGACAGCCUACUAUGUUUGAUAGUUGUAAGAUUUUGUCGGAUAAGUUUAGGUUAAGAUGGACGUUGAGAGUGGAAGACAAUGUGAUUGAUAUUGGGUUAGAAGGGGCGGUUGAUAUUCAAAGUUAUAUGGCUUUUGGGUGGGCAGAUCCGUUUAAAGAACACGAUCACAUGCUUGGUGCAGAUGUGGCAGUGACGGGUUUUACUGAUAAGGGAAUGCCGUUUGUGGAUGACUAUCAUGUAACUAAGUAUAGUGAGUGUUCGAUUAACAAGAAUGGUAAGGCUGAAGGUGUGUGUCCGGAUACUAUGUACGUUGAUGAUACUGAUGAUCGUGAUUCUGUUAACAAUACAGUUUUGGUUUAUGGGCAUAGAAAAGAUGGUGUCUCAUUUGUUCGGUAUCAAAGACCGUUAAAAUCUAUUGACAAAAAGUAUGAUUGGAAUGUAGAUGAUAAAAAGAACAUGACUUGUAUAUGGGCUUUAGGUUUGAUCAAAUCACCUGAUUCAGUCAUACCUCAUUACCUUCCACAAAACCAUUUCAAGACUUAUGGUCAUGUUCAUGUUAAUGUUUCAGAGAGUGUAAAUGAAUGUGUAGGCCCACUUGAUGCCAAAAAUAAGCAAGAUCAAGAACUUGUAAUAGCAGAAGAGAAAGAGCCACUCGUUGUUACAACAGGUCCAAGCUUGCAUUACCCGAACCCUCCAAACCCUUCUAAGGUUUUGUAUAUCAACAAGAAAGAAUCACCGCUUUUAAGAGUCGAAAGAGGGGUCCCAGUGAAGUUUUCAAUACAAGCUGGUCAUAACGUGGCAUUUUAUAUCACUUCUGACCCACUUGGUGGAAAUGCAACAUCAAGAAACCUAUUGGAGACCAUCUAUGUAGGUGGGUCCAAGGCACAUGGGGUGCGGUCUAAACCCAAGGAGUUAGAAUGGGCACCUAACCGAAACACUCCUAAUCAAGUCUACUAUCAGUCUUUUUAUGCCCAAAAAAUGGGCUGGAAGGUUCAAGUAGUUGAUGGAGGUCUUGGUGAUAUGUAUAACAACAAUGUUCUUCUGGAUGAUCAGCAAGUUACAUUCUUUUGGACACUCUCCAAAAAGUCAAUAUCUAUUGCAGCUCGAGGUGAAAAAAAAAGUGGAUAUCUUGCUAUUGGGUUCGGGUCUAAAAUGGUGAACAGUUUUGCAUAUGUUGGUUGGGUUGAUUCUAAUGGCACGGGUCAUGUAAACACGUAUUGGAUUGACGGUAUGAAUGCUCAAAGUUUACAUCCAACAAAGGAAAAUCUAACAUAUGUAAGAUGCAAGUCUGAACAAGGUGUCAUCACUCUAGAAUUUACACGACCGUUGGAUCCAAAUUGUGAUGGACAUAAAAAGAUUGAAUGCAAGAACAUUGUGGAGCCCACGUCUCCUCUAAAGGUCAUAUGGGCCAUGGGGGCUAAAUGGUCUGCAGACCACCUGACUCUAAGCAAUAUGCACUCAAUGACGAGUAGCAAACCGGUCAGGGUUUCACUUAUACGUGGUUCGGCUGAGGCAGAGGAGAAUUUACGACCCGUGUUAGCAGUACACGGGUUUAUGAUGUUUCUUGCAUGGGGUAUGUUUUUUCCAUUUGGGAUCUUGGCUGCUCGAUACAUGAAAAGUUUAAAUGGUAAUGUAUGGUUCAAGAUUCAUGUUUAUUCACAGUGGUCGGGUUUAACUAUUAGUUUCCUUGGAAUUCUUUUUGCUGUGGCUGAGCUACGGGUUUUACACAUUGACACAUUCCAUGUAAAAUUUGGAAUAUUGACUAUAAUAUUGGGUUGCAUACAACCUAUUAACGCUUACCUAAGACCUAAAAAAGCUGAUGAUGGUGAAGAUUCAUCCCCCCAACGAGUUAUUUGGGAAUAUAUACAUGUUUAUUGUGGCAGAUUUGCAAUUCUUGUUGGCCUUGUUGCUAUUUUUAGUGGGAUGAAACAUUUAGGGGAUAGAUAUGAUGGUGAAAACAUUAGAGGAUUGAUGUGGGCAUUGGUAGUUUGGAUUUUGGUGGGUGUUAUAACCAUAGUAUAUUUGGAAUUUAGUCAGAGGAGACUAAGAGAAAGAUUUUUCGGGUUAGGCCGUUGGGUCUUGGGUAAUGGUGAUGAUGAGGAAACUGAUCUAUUAAACCCAAGCAGGAUACAUGGAGUAAAUGUAGAAAAACUAGCCCGUUCUUCAGAAAGAUCAGAAAUUCAGCUAGAACCUUUAACCAGAUAG